UGUUGGAUGCUGCCGUCGCUUCAGCAGCUGGAUGUACGCGGCUGGAAGUGUGUCAGCUCGGAGAAUAGCACUGAUUGGAGCGUGUGCAUGUGUAUUUUUGGAUCUAUUUGCAUGAAGUGGUCCAAGCUGGAGCAUGGUUGUUAGGAAUGGUGUCAGUGGGUCUUUAGUGCACAUACUCUAUGCUGUGUGUGUGUCAGCAGGACUGAAUCAGGGGGAAUGAUUUGACCACAGGGACUCAGGAGUACAUUAUUGACUCUGUGUCAGGAUAGUGAGGGAAGGUUUCAGAGAAGGAACAAUGGUACAUGAGAUGGUAGACCCCAUUUAGGGGCUUUGGGACUGCCCCAAAAUGGGGAACAGCAUCCAGAAGAAAAAGAAGAUCCAGAGAGAAAAGAACUUCUCUCCACCUCAUUCACCCAGCUCCAGCAGGGAGAAUCAGAAGGGGUUCUGGCUAUUUGGACACUCCGACAAGAUAAAAACAGCUGGGCCAAAGGGGAAUGAAGACCACAAGAGGUUGUCAGUGCAUUACACGGCCUCACAGCACUACCAGGAGAAUGUUUUCAUCGAGGGCAGCAGGCCACAGUAUCUGGAGGACCUGCACACUGAGGCCCAGGAGGGACUGAAAAUACUACAACAGGAAGAAAACAAGAAUGGAGUGACCUUUCCUGACGAUGACACUAUUGCUUCUACAACCACCCUGUGUCCGCAGCAGGAUAUCAGCUCCAAGGACAGAGAUGCCUCUCCGGAGUCAAGAUCCACCACCGGGAAUACUGAUACCACAGUAACCUCUGCCGUGUCAACUAGGCCUGUACUCACACGCCAAGGUUCUACAUUCAAGCCUCUACAUCCAGUGAAACGGAUAGAAAAGACCAAGAAGAGGGGCAGGAGGACUACCAUCAUGGGCAUCCCCAACCAGGUCCAAAAAGAGCUUGCACUGCACCGGCACUCAACGUUCCAGCAGCUUCCUGACCAUGAUAAACAGGUCAGCGAGAGCCAGUCAAGUGUUGUCAUCAUACCUACGGUGGAUGGAGGGACUCCAAUAGCAAAUAAAGAAGGAGCGAGGGUGCACCUGUCAGAGCUGGAGCAGACAUCCAGAGAUGAGAAGCUCUUGAAGAAGCACCUCCAGGCAGUGUACCAAGAGGAGCAUCACAACAACCUCCAGGGAUUCAGCCCCCACCUUGGCCCCACCUCCAUGCUAAGACCCAAAUCUGUAGCAGUACCUGGCAUGACCACUUCCUGCUCCUCUCCAGCACAAAUGUUUAGCUUCCUACAAGAACCACAGGGUCCAGUGAUGUCCAUUUCUCCUCAGGCAACCUAUAUGUCCACAAUCAUCCCUAAUGCAGUCCUGCCGGCCUCCAUUGAAGUCAUUGAGAUCGACCACGGUAGCAGGACACGAGGCAGCAGUGUCGGCUAUAGUGGGAGUGUUCGCACUGUAAGCAAAAGCAGCCUGGCAUCUGGGGACUCAUCAGUCAGUCCUUUGUUGUCCAGAAGAUCAGACGAUGAUGAUUCUCAGACUGACAUUUCCCACAACACCUCCAUACUGAUGCCCACAUCAGUUUCAGGGUCAAAUCUUAGCGAGACACCAUCUUCAAAGACUAUAAUUUCAAAUACCUCCCCCACCUUUUCUAAGGGGAGUUCAUAUAGUGAUAAGUCACAGCGAGUGGGUCUCAGUGGGCAGGGGAGCCUUCAAGUGCAGUCUGGUGAGAACCAAGACCUUGUUAGCCUCCAGAGCUCCACUGAUGUACUUUGCAGCCCCAUCACCAAGCAUGAAAAUGUUGGUGAAGUUCAAGAGUUCAUAUCACAGUCAGUUACUGCUGCUGAGGAUGCAAAGAACAAACGUAACUUUGCUCGUAGUCUUUCUAUUGUAAAGACCAAGCAACCUCCAGCACCCCCACGAAGAACAAACUCUCUACAUAAUAAUAAGAUCAGGGCUUAUGCCGGUGCACUGGUGGACAGCAAAACUCUAAAUGAAUCUGUGUCUGGAGAGGUGUGGACUGCAGCAGAGAACAUUGUAGGAAACAAUGAAAUUAAAUCAGUUACUGCCGAAGACAGCAGGAUCCUAACCCCUCUAUCAAACACUAACUCACCAGAUGCUUCCUCCGAUACUGACAGCAUUGUUCAAGUCCCCGCCAAGGAGGAUGGAGGACCACAGCCCCAAUUAGAGUCCAGUGGCUCCUCCCCUCAGAAAACACCAUCAGAUGGGGGAAAGUUUGAACGGACAAUGUCUCCUUCCAGUGGUUACUCCAGUCAAAGUGGCACGCCAACACUUUCCCCAAAAGGCAUUUCACCAACCUCCCCAGACAAACAGAAGAAGACGCCGGUCAAACCGGAGAGAUCUGUGUCUCGGGCCUCAUCCUCAGCAGCUUCUCCUUCACCUUCUCUUACCUCUCUAUCAUGUGGUACACCUGAGCCAGUCAACCAAGAUGUUUCCAAAUGUACCCCUAGUCUUACAAUCCCCACAAAAGAGCCCACACCCUGUAGCAAUUCUGCAGUACUGAGAGUGGAAAUCAGAGAUCUGUUAAACAUCCCACCCCCUCCCAAAGUCAAAGCACCAUGUCCACCUCCUCCAGAGACAUGGGUUCACAACAGACACACAUUUGAGCUUCUCUGUGCACCCUAUGUUAAUGUCAACAACAAGGCAUCAAGACAAAUGGAGGAAAGCACAAUGAAACAAGCAGGAACCCAAACAGAAUCUGGCGAGGAGUCACCAGUUGAAAAACAUACAACUACAGACAAACCUAUGGUAGACUCUUCAGAAAACAGAGAACCAUCCCUUGAGGAACAGCCUCUGACUUUACUAACCAUAGUUCCUGUAGUCCCUGAUGGUGUCUCUACACAGAAAAAGGAAUGUCCAGGUACAAAACAGGAAGCAUAUUUAAUCCAGGACAGGACAGAAGCAGGUACAGAUGUUCAAUGCCAAGAGGUCCCCAGCCCUCUAGUGGUAGAUACAGAGGCUCUCCCAAAGAAAGACCCCCCUCAGGUCAUGAAGAAACCCAUGACAGUAAUAAACAGAGAAAAACCACUAUCAGAGGAGCAGUCAGUCAAGAAACAACAAAUGGAAGAGAGUAGCAGUGCCUCAACAGUUUAUUUACCUGUUGAGAACCGCACAACCUUCUCACAGAAUGAAGUUACAGAUGGAGGUGAAACUGCAUCCAUUCAUACACUUUCUAUCAACGUCACUAAAGCUAAUAAAGACUCACCUCCACCUACUCCUCCACCUUCCUACCACCCUACACCCCCUCUAUCGAGAAAAACACCUCCCUCGUCAGUAUCUGUGGCUCCUGAUGAUUUACAAAGAGUACAGGAAGAAAUCCAAGUCUCAGAAUGUUGCUGGCCGCCUCCUCCACCUCCUUUGGAAGGGGACUCUGUCUUUGAGGGAGGGGAUGACAUUGAUUUCCCUCUUCCCCCUCCUCCCCUUGUAUCGACAGACAGUGUGCCAGAAGAAACUGACAAAGUUAUCAUGAAAAUAGAGGUCCAAAACAGGCUACCAGAAAAUGUUGAAGAGACAGUCAUCCUCUCAAGUGAUGCUGAAACACGUGGACCAGUAAAACCUCCUGAUGUCCUUCAACCUGUGGCUGACAACAAACCAGAGGUUGUCAAGGAAGUUUUACAAGCUAAUACAACUGUUGAGUUUUCUUGCAGACCAGUGUUGGACAGUUCAUCUAACAAUGACACACCUCCCACACUUGAGACACCACCUUUACCACCAUUUACAAAACCAGAAAUCCCAGCAUCUGUUUUACUUUCUACCAACAGUCUGAAGCAAAACUCUGUGAAAACUGAAGGGCCAACUCCCUCAGAGCCUCUUGUCAGUGCUCCACCUCCAAUUACUGCCCCAGAAGCCCCUCCUCUGCCAGUGGAGAACUUAACAUCUGCUGUUAAUUUCAGAAGACAGCCCAGUGUAGCAAACAGAGACACCAGAAGCAAGGAGCUCCUUUCCCGCCAUAAAAGUGCACCAAUUCCCAAAGAAGAUGCUAAUAUUCCUCUUGUCACCCCCUCCCUGCUUCAGAUGGUUCGCCUCAGAUCAGUCAACAUGGCUGAAGAUGAGAUAAAAACCCCUUCAGAGGACAAGUCAACAAAUGAGAGUCUGGGGGUUCAAGAAAACAGCCCCGUUUCAACACCAGGACCGCAAAGCACUCCACAGAAACCUAUCCGCAAGUCUCUGUCUCUGAAGUCUCCUCCACAGACACUAAAAACAUCCUCUGUGAUGCUGAACACCCCUUCUAUGCGCUUACAGGAAGCCAUACGCAUGAAGACUGCAGCCAUGUCCUCUAGGGACGGGCUUCCAUCGAGGCUAAGUAUGAGGACGUCCACGUACAGCUCUGUAAGUGAACCAGGGGCCCUGUCUUUGAAAUCCCCAGAAGGUUGUGACCUGCAGAAGUCCCCAGCCUCUACCGCCAGCUUUAUCUUCUCCCGGAGCACUAAAAAGGUCGUCAUAGAGACUGCUGCCGCCUCCUCUCCAGAGACUCAGGCAAAUCUGAAGCAAAGUUUGGCCGCUGAACUCAUGCAGUUCUCUGACCACUCAAAGGCUUUCUCCAAUGGUGGGAUCAGAUCAGAAAAAGUUCCUCCACCAGUAGCUAAAAAACCAGCCCAUGGCAGUGUCAGUCCUUCACAGAAUCUUCCUACUUGUACAGUAAAAAUGGACCUCAGUGUUGCUGGAAAUGGAACAAUGGGAACAGGUCAACACGUGGGCAAAAUAACACUUCCAGAGACAAGAGAAAACUGCACACACAAACCUUCUUCCACACAAACAAUAUGAAGUAUGCCUGCUUGCAUGAAGCUUUUUCCAGUCAAAUGUCGACGAGAGUGACAGCAGACACAAUUGAAACCCUGUUCUGAGAGCGCUUGAUGCUUAACCGAAGACGAGACGAACAUGUACCGAACAAGAAAACAAAAGCGAGGACUGACCAUACUGAAACACAUUAAGCUCAACUAACUAGUUGUUGUGUGUCAAGUCUUCUCCAAAAGCCUUAGCCUGCAAUGGCCUUCCUCUGUAUUUAUGCAAAAAAUAUGUUGCUCCCAAUUUCUUAUCACAGCUUUAUUCUGGAGUAUUUUUCUAAGCUAUAAUUUAUCUCUUAUUAAGGCCCCUCAGGAUGAAGUGGCGUACUUUGGCCAUUAGCUGAACUGUAAAUAUUUGGCUUGUGUAACAUCGCCUCCCACUGGCAGGAUUAGGUAGUGGUCACUACCCCAAACAGCAAAGGACUUCUCUUGAUAAAGCAUUUCUGUACAAAGGUUUAUUGUCUGAUAAGUCUUUUGUUGUUGUUGUUGUUGUUGUAAUAUAAUAUAAAUUCUUAAAAUUUAAGGAGUUGCCAGAAAACAAAGCUGUCAACUGCAUCCACUACAGGCGCUGUCAUUACAGAACAAAUCAAAAAAAGUUUGACAUUUCAUUCAAUUGAAACUGUUAUACAUGUUUCUGUUCAGUUUUUCAUUGUGAGUAAAAAAAAAAAAAAAAAAAAAAGGAAUUAUUUAACAAUGAAUGCUGCACACUCGAAAGAACAAGAACCCAACAUUUAAUGAGAUUGAACAGAAGCACUUUUGUAAGGCAACAGAUGAACCAGACUUCAGAAAAAAGAAUCUGAUAACUGAAACUGUUAAUUGAAAAAUCCAUCAUAAUCAUCGUGUUUCUACCUGAUCUGCACAAUCUCUUCUUGGGUAAAAACCAACACAUCCUGAGAACAAGUAACCUAUUUAUUUAUAUGUAGUUCUUUCCAUUCUAGCACUGUCAGUCACCUUUUCCUACCAAAUUAUUAAAUCUUUAGGACAUCUGAAAACCACUUUUAGGGCUAGAGAUGUGAUUGGCCCUGGAUGAUUGAUACACUGGAGUAGACGUAGUGUGAGAUCAGAUUUUCUUUAUUACUAAAUGUGAACUGAUACUUUCUCCACGUUGAAAUUUUUUGGCGGAAAAAAA